GCCAGCAGCUGCGGUUGGAGCAUGGCCUCGGAGCAGGAUGUGCGAGCACAGCUGCAGCGCGCUGGCCAGGAUCAUCUCCUUCGCUUCUGGGCUGAUUUGGCUCCGGAGUCUCGAGCUGCGCUGCUGGCGGAGCUCGCCUCUCUGGAACCCGAUGCCCUGCGUGAGCACUGCCAGCGCGCCUCGGCUGCCUGCGCGCUAGUCCCGGGCCCUCUGCCCGACCUGGAAGCGCGCCUGCAGCCCCUGCCCCCAGAACUCGUGGGCAGCGCAAUCCGCUGCGACCAAGAGACACUCCUGCAGUGGGAAGGGGAAGGUUUCCGACAGAUUGCUCUGAACAAGGUGGCUGUCCUGCUGCUGGCCGGUGGGCAGGGCACUCGCUUGGGCGUCACCUACCCCAAGGGCAUGUAUCAAGUAGGGUUGCCCAGCCAGAAGACCCUGUACCAACUGCAGGCAGAGCGGAUCCGCCGCGUUGAACAGUUGGCUGGCCAGCGACUGGGAACCCACUGCACCGUUCCCUGGUACAUCAUGACCAGUGAGUUUACACUAGGACCCACCAUCAAGUUCUUCAAGGAGCAUGACUUCUUCCACCUAGACCCAGCUAACGUGGUCCUGUUCGAGCAGCGUAUGCUACCCGCUGUGACCUUUGAGGGCAAGGCCAUACUGGAACGGAAAGACAAGGUUGCCAUGGCACCAGAUGGCAAUGGUGGCUUGUAUAGUGCAUUGGCUGACCACCACAUUCUGGAGGACAUGAAGCAGCGGGGCGUGGAGUUUGUGCACGUGUACUGUGUGGACAACAUCCUGGUGCGGCUGGCUGACCCAGCCUUCAUAGGCUUCUGUGUGCUUCGCGGAGCGGACUGUGGCGCCAAGGUGGUGGAGAAAGCAUACCCCGAGGAGCCUGUGGGCGUGGUGUGCCAGGUGGAUGGUGUCCCCCAGGUGGUGGAAUACAGCGAGAUUAGCCCUGAGACUGCUGGGCUCCGAGGGGCUGAUGGGGGCUUGCUCUACAACGCAGGCAACAUCUGCAACCAUUUCUUCACCCGCGACUUCCUGGAUAUGGUCACCAGGGAGUUUGAGCCCUUGCUGAAGCUGCAUGUGGCUGUGAAGAAGGUCCCGUACGUGGAUGAGGAGGGAAAUCUGGUAAAGCCGCUAAGACCGAAUGGGAUAAAGAUGGAGAAGUUUGUGUUUGAUGUGUUCCAGUUUGCUAAGAACUUCGUUGCCUUUGAAGUAUCUCGAGAGGAGGAAUUCUCCCCGCUGAAGAAUGCAGACACAGCCAGCAGGGACAACCCGUCCACGUCCAGGAGAGCCUUGUUGACUCAGCACUACCGCUGGGCUCUGCAGGCCGGAGCCCACUUCCUGGAUGUGCAUGGAGUCCAACGUCCCGAGCAGUCUGGCUUGCUCCCAAAUGGAGACCCUCCAGCCAUCUGCGAGAUAUCGCCCUUGGUGUCGUACUCUGGAGAGGGGCUGGAGAAAUACCUGCAAGGCCGAAAACUCCAGUCUCCAUUUCUUCUAGAUGAGGACCAGGCCAGGCUGCUGCAGCCACAGGAGUGCUAACCUGCUUGCUCCCAGCCUCUCCAGCCCUGGGGUCCUCUAGGAUGCUGAUACUGCUCUGGCCCAGGCUCUCAGUAGAAAUGCUGGCCUGCAGGAUACGGAAGGGGGCGUGCUAGUUUACAUCACAAGGUUGGGACCUCUUGGGUCCCCUGUGGACUGUG